AUGACCCCCAGGCGGCUUCUCCCUCGCUCUGCUGCCUGCCCAUCCUCACCCAGCUACCGUCGAGCCACAUCGACUCCUCCUCCUCCUCCUCCCUCGCCGUGCCCUGGCUUGCUUGGCCUCCUGCCGCUGCCGUCCGCAUCCCCCAUCCUUUCCUUUCGAUCCCAUCCUUGUCGCCCGUCGUUGUGGUCCCUCCAACCCACCAUCAUCAUCACCAUCCUCACUGUCGCUGCCCACAUUCACGUCGACAACGUGUUCCUACCGGCACGCUACUUUCCCACCACCUUCAUCGACGUGUCGACCUCAUCGUCCCACACUCUCGUCCUCGUCUGCACCUGCAGCGGCUCUACGCUCUUUUCAGCCCGUACUAGCACCGAAAGUCUUGCAUCCUCUCGAUCGUCCAUCUACCGCUUCAGCAGUCCUACCGCCCGACCGAGAUUGCUGGAACCCAUCAUCGAGAUUUCCAUCGCGACAUCGUACUGCCUGCCUACCUGCUUUUUCGCCGAAUAG